AUCUAGUUCGUUACCCAUUUUACCCCUCCCUUCAAAAAACUUCUCAAAACCCCUCGCCCCCACCAGUCAGUCACCACCGUCUCCCAGACUCCCAAUUCCAUCUUCUCCAUUCAAUCUAGCGUUUCGAGUUCUCGCAUCUCAUGUAGCCCCGGAUUUCGCUAUUCUUCCUUCUUGAUUCGAAUUAGGGUUUCAAAUUCAAUUUCCCCAAUCACUUUUUCUGUCUUCGAAAUUUCCUCUUUUUUUUCCCCCCUAUUUCCGAUUUGUUUCUUGUAGCAGUGUGGGUGAAAAGUUAGGGUUUUUGAAAAUUAGGCAAAAAAUUUAUCCAUCAACAACUCGUCGCUUUUGUCUCCUCCGCAUGUAAGGACAAGGUCAACGUAUUGUUGGUUGGAGAAUUUGGGAUUGUCUCCUUCGUGGUUGUUUUUUUUCUUUUAAUUAAUUUGGAGGCAUCGCGAUGCUGGGUUUGAAAAGUAACGGUUUUGAUGAUAAUCAAACGAGUUGUUUAUAUCAUUUGGCCGAAUGGCAUCCACUAGAAUAGCGCAUAGUUGAUUUGGGCGUAUCGCUCGUCCCUUCUGAUUCUCCCUCUGUGAAAAUCAGCUGGUAGUUGAAUUCUGCUAUCCACUGUCAACUGUAAAGACCGAGUUUGUAAUGUUUAGUAAGAGUUUUCCCAUCGCAAAAUUGAUGGGUUGCUGUAGUUGUUUUGGGUUUACCAGAAGGCGUAAACCGCUAGUCAGGCCGGCUCCUGGGUUCAAUAAUUGCCUUUCCCAAGAGCCAUUGUUGGAUGGAGAUACGGAGUAUGAGGAUGAUUGUUCAUAUAACGAAGAUGUUACCAGCACUGGUAAUUGUGAUGAGAGUGAGGAACAAAGUAUGGGUCAUUGUGAUGAGAGUGAGGCGCAAAGCCGCGCCAAACGUUCUGAAGAGAUCCUGCGCUCCAGGUUAGAGAAUGGAUUGAUUUGCAGGCAGUUCCCCGUCAAGGAAACCCAUAAACUUGUCCGUUCAGAGGAUGACAAUGGUAAUAAAAUGAUCAAUGAAUAUGUCCGUGAGUGCAAGAUUGGUUCCGGUAGCUAUGGAAAAGUGGUUCUCUAUCGAAGCAGUGUAGAUGGAAAGCAUUAUGCAAUCAAGGCCUUUCAUAAGUCUCAUUUGUUGAAGCAGCGGGUUGCACCUUUUGAGACAGCUAUGACUGAUGUUUUUCGUGAGGUCCUAAUUAUGAAGAUGCUAGACCAUCCUAAUAUUGUCAAUCUGAUCGAAGUGAUUAAUGAUCCAGAAACAGACCGCUUUUACAUGGUUCUUGAGUAUGUUGAAGGCAAAUGGGUUUGCGAGGGUUCUGGUCCCCCUGGUGGCUUAGGAGAAAAUACAGUCAGAAAGUACUUGCAGGAUAUAGUUUCGGGGCUCAAGUACCUCCAUGCUCAUAAUAUUAUUCAUGGGGAUAUUAAACCUGACAAUCUGCUGGUUACUGGCAAUGGUACGGUGAAGAUAGGAGAUUUCAGUGUUAGCCAGGUUUUCGAGGAUGAUAAUGAUGAGCUCCGGAGAUCUCCUGGGACUCCUGUUUUCACUGCACCAGAAUGUUGUCUAGGUGUGACAUAUAGAGGCCGAGCGGCGGACACAUGGGCUGUGGGUAUAACCUUGUAUUGUAUGAUACUGGGUCAAAUUCCUUUCCUGGGGGAGACAUUGCAGGACACAUAUGAUAAGAUUGUUAAUAACCCUUUAGUUCUUCCGGACGAUAUGAACCCACAACUGAAGAAUUUACUAGGAGGACUUCUUUGCAAAGACCCGGCGGAGAGGCUGACGUUGGAUGCUGUUGCGGAGCAUAGUUGGGUUAUCGGAGAUAUUGGACCAAUCCCUCAGUAUUUAUGUUGGUGCAAACGAAAGAGAUUGCAGGAAGAAACUGAUGAGAGCAAAGAUGAUGAUAGUGGCAUAACCAAUACUUGACUAAAUUGUUUAGGCUGGAUUUGUUUCUGUACAGUUCAUACUCUUUUAUUUAUUUAUUUUUUCUUUUUGGGACUUAGAUUCUGGUCUUGCAAGGGGUGAUGUUGAAAAGUGGUCUUAGAAACGUUCCUAGAUUAUAUAGCUUGCUUUGCCGAGCAAUGAUACCUCAA